UUUUCCCCCACAAGGAAAUUCGAACUCGAGGCUCCUCCAGCCACUCCGCUUCUCCAACGCCUAGCCGCCCCCGCAGCAGCCAUGGCGGACGCCGCCGCCGAUCUGCGCCGGAGGAUAAAGGAGCAGCGCGCCGCCAUCAAGCGCCGGAUCACUGACUCCCGGGACCGCACCGCCGCCGCCUCCUCCACCUUCAACGCCGCCCUCCUCGAGGCGCGCUCCAUCGCCAACCAGACUGUCUCCAACCGAGCAAAACUCAGCCAACAAAAACAACACCUCCGGAAAUUAGAAUCAGAUCUAGCACAGGCCCUCUCCGUCCAAACAAGCAGAAUGUCAAAUCAUAAGCUCAUGACUGAGUCAAUUUCAAACACCAUUGCAACAAAUGAGCAGCUCAGACGCUUGGUUAUGGACCGUAGGGCUACAAGAGAUGCAUGCAUGAAUGCCAUAUCAAAUCAACUCAAAGAUAUUGAAUCCCUUGAAGCUGAGAGUGACGCAGAUGGGGAUAAGAACCUAGAGAAUUCUCUCAUGUGGUACGAUAAGUUUCUUGGUUUCCAAGUUGUUGGAGGAGAAGGGGUGAAAUUUGUGUUCAACAAAAUUGAUGUGCAAAGUCCUGACAAGGAGUAUUCUUUUUGCGUAAAGCUUGUUGAAGAAAGAUACGUCUUAGUCCGGUGUGUUCCCUUUGUGGAUGGCAUUGAAGAAUUGGUGAAGGAACUUAACUGCAACAAUGAUCUGUACAAAUUUGUGAGGUUCAUGAGAAACAGGUUCCAAGCUGCUACAAUCAGUGGAAAUCAAUUGUCAAGCUCCUUUUGCCCUGAGGUAUUAUCCAUAACAUCUUCAUCACCAGCAUUAUCAGUGGAUUCCAGAAGUGAAAAUGGCAUUGAUCGAAGUCAUACACAAGGUCAGUCAAAGAAUCAGGAAUUUCGACUUAAAGGGCUAGCAAAAUCCUCCCCUCAUACCAUAAUCGAACCCUGCUAAAGUUGGCACCGAACGGCUGGCCUCGUAAUAUAGCAAAUUCAUCUGCGGCUGGGCAAACUGAAUAGCAGGCAACGGGAUUUACAGGGGAUUCUCCAUGUCAACAUGCUAUUUACUCUGCCCAAUAGCAUUGGGCCGCGGAGAUCUGUACAGUAAAAGUUAAAGCACUUUGUAUAAUGUUGUCUGCUGCUUGCAUUUCUGACUCAGAACUCGUGUUGUACUUGUACCUCAGUGUUCUUUUUUUGAUGGAACUACCCAAUUGUUGCUGUUUGUAACUUUGUAUUACCUAUCAUUCUUCAUAUUCAUGGUAAUGUGUAUAAGCGUUUGAACCU